AUGGCGUCGCUACUAGGAACACAGUAUGACUCCUCAAGUGAUGAUGAUAUGGGCUCUGCACCCAUCAAGUCAAACCAGGCACCGGCUGUAGUUGCGGCGCCAGAUGUCCCGGUAGAGGGCCCGUCACAAUUGCAUCUAAUGCUUAGAAAACCAACUGAUACUGCGCUGACAUAUAAUGCAACCUAUGAUGACCUCACGCGACCUCAAGCCGGACCAGCGAACCCUUUUAAAAAUGAAAAUUCCGGAGUAAAGAGAAAGAAUGUACUCACCGGAUACGCCGAAGAAGCCGCAAUAAGCGAGGCGACCUUCAUCACGCAGCAGCGCACAUUUCAGAGUUUAGGUUAUACCAAAGAUCCAACACAACCAGGAGCUUUUGUAGGAAAUAUGGAACAGGUGGCGCGGUACGGAGGGAAAGAUGUGGUGCAAAUGCGACCUUCAAAGGAGGAGAGUGCUUCUAUAAGGCGAAAACGACAAAAAAAGGGUGAUUCAAGCAUUGUUGAAGGGGAAGGGGCGUACCUGGGACCCUGGGCAAAAUACGAAGACGACGAGCUAGCUGAUAGAGAGGCCGAGGCCCUAGCUGAACUGGGCAGUGAUGAAGAAUAUAUCGAAGAAGCUAUUGUUCCGCCUAACAUGCCGGCAAUGGACAAGAAGGCUACGGCCUACCAGGAAGAUUUAUCUAGCGCAGAAACUACGGAGUUCCAUGGCACCGAAGAGCGCGACUAUCUGGGACGGACAUAUAUGCAUGUGCCCCAGGAUCUGGAUAUCGAUCUCAAGAAAGAGUCAGGAAGUGUGAAGAAUUACAUACCCAAGAAGCUGAUACACACCUGGAAGUCGCACACGAAACCAAUCACAUCGUUGCGCUUCUUCCCAGGUUCUGGCCAUCUUCUGCUUUCAUCAUCUGCAGACUCCAAAGUGAAACUAUGGGACGUGUAUCAUUCACGAGAACUGCUUCGCACAUAUUCCGGACAUGCCAAUUCCGUAUCCGAUACCACUUUUGACCCAACCGGAGCUACUUUCUUAUCUGCUUCAUAUGACCGGCAAAUAAAACUUUGGGAUACAGAGUACGGAAAAUGCAUCCAGCGAUUUACAACGGGGAAAACACCCCAUGUCGUUCGGUUCAAUCCAGACCCCGACAAUUCUCACGAGUUCCUGGCGGGCAUGUCUGAUAAAAAAAUCGUUCAAUUUGAUAUUCGUACAGGUGCUAUUACUCAAGAAUACGAUCAUCAUCUUGAUGCUGUCAACACUAUUACCUUUGUCGAUAAUAACCGCCGCUUUAUUUCCACCUCAGACGAUAAAUCACUUCGUGCUUGGGAGUACAAUAUCCCGGUGCCUAUCAAAUUCAUUGCCGAACCACACCUCUACGCUCUUGUCCGUGCAGCUCCUCAUCCCAAUGGCAAAUAUGUUGCUUUCCAGUCAGGAGACAAUAGUAUAGUUGUUUAUGGGGCCACAGAUAAAUUCCGCCAAAACAGAAAGAAACUGUUUAGAGGGCAUAACAAUGCAGGGUAUGCGAUUGAUGUUUCAAUCAGUCCUGAUGGCCAAUUUGUCACAUCCGGCGAUAGUGGUGGGUAUGUGUGCUUUUGGGAUUGGAAGACAGGCAAGAUGUGGCAUAAAAUUAAGGCAGGGGGAAAGGAAGGCUCUGCUGUUACAUGUGUGGACUGGCAUCCUCAAGAGACUAGUAAAGUUGCCACGGCUGGUUUGGAGGGUGUUAUCAAAUAUUGGGAUUAG